CAAUAUAAAUUCUAAUCCUCUCAUUCUUUCUUUUUCAAUUCCAUAUCAAAUUUAUUCCAGCUUUCUUCUUCUUUUGUUGAGCAGAAGCUAGCAGUCUUCGUGCUCAAAUGGCUCAAGCCUCAGAGAUGAACAAUAGCGUGUUGAAUUCGACAACUCCUAGUGUAGAGCUAGAGUGUUUCUCCCCUUAUAUGAUCAUCACCAAUGGAAUAUGGCUUGACGACGAUCCUCUAAGAUACUCUCUCCCUCUUUUCCUUAUCCAACUCCUUAUAAUAACGCUGACCAGUCGCACUCUUAAUGCUAUCUUGAAACCCUUUGGCCAGCCUAUGGUCCUCGCUGAGAUCCUAGCAGGGAUGCUGCUGGGACCAUCUUUUGUGGGAAAAUUCUUUCAAGGAUUUCAGGCUCAUUUCUUUCCACCAAGAAGCAUCAGCAUACUGUCGUCGAUGGGUGAAGUGAGGAGAAGAUCGGAGAUUUUCUUUUUUGGGGACUCCGGAGAAGAGAUUCAAUUACUUAUUGAUUGA